AUGUCCAAUACAGAAGAUAAAAUAAUACUUGGAUAUUGGGAUUACAGAGGUCGUCCAUAGCCUCUAAAGUUUUUAUUGGAGUAUAUGGGUAUUCCUUUCGAAUAGAAGUAUUAUUCAUAUGAUAACCCUGAUGAAUGGUAUGAAAAAGAUAAAAAGACAAUUAAACCAUUUUCUAACCUUCCUUAUCUCUAAACCAAAGAUGGAAUUCUAACAGAGACGUGUUCCAUAAUUAAAUAUUUGUUAAAGCGUUUUCCUUAAUUCAAAGACCUUUUAGGUAAAGAGUAAGAUGAAAUAUUUGUAGACUAAAUGCUUAGUGUUAUGAAUGAUUUAAGAGAUGUCUUAAAAGCUCUUCAUUUCAACCCAGAUGUUCACAAAGUCAAGAGAGAUACUUUAUUAACAAUUCUUCCAAAGAUGCUUGACUUUAAAGAUAUACGAGGAGAUAAAUAGUUCUUAUUGCCUUAUUUAACUAUUGCUGAUUUUGAGCUUGUAGAAAUUUUAUUACUUUUCAAGCAUUUAGAUUCAGAACUAUUUGACUAACAUCUAUCAAGCUUUGAAAAAUUUCUUUAAGAUUUUCAUAAUCUUCCAAGAAUAAAAGAGUAUGUUAGGUCAGAUAAAUACUAAAAACUACUCACUUUCUUUGCUAAACCUAAAGCUUACCUUUAAAGUGAUAAAUUUAUCAUCGAAUACAAUAAAUAGUUUUUGCAAAAUAACACAAAAUUGUGA